GGAGAGAGAGAGAGAGAGAGAAGAGAACGGAAGAAGAAGAAGAAGAGAAGAACCAGAAGACGAGGACGAGGAGGAGAGAUGGGGAGAGCUCCUUGCUGUGACAAAGCAAAUGUGAAGAAGGGGCCAUGGUCACCAGAAGAAGACACCAAGCUGAAGGAGUACAUAGAGAAGAACGGAACAGGAGGCAAUUGGAUCGCUCUUCCUCAGAAAGCAGGUCUAAAAAGGUGUGGGAAAAGUUGCAGAUUGAGGUGGCUCAACUAUCUGAGGCCCAACAUUAAGCACGGAGAAUUCUCCGAUGAGGAAGACAGAAUAAUAUGCACCCUCUACGCUAAUAUCGGAAGCAGGUGGUCAAUUAUAGCAGCUCAGUUGCCAGGCAGGACAGACAAUGAUAUUAAGAACUACUGGAACACCAAGCUCAAGAAGAAGCUCAUGGGUUUGCUUCCUCCAUCCAAUCAUCAGAUCAGGAAGCCUCCAGCAUUAUUUCAAUCCUCUCAUCAUGAUCAAAACCCACCAUUUACUUGGCAAUCAUCAUACAGAGACUUAAGCUCUUACUACCCUAGCCCAUCAUCAACUAUAUCCUUCAACGGCCUCGAGUCCACUUCUCUUGUGCCUUCAACUUAUAACAAUUCAACAUCAUCAACAGCCACCAAUUUUCCUUAUUUUCAAAACCAAGAGGCCUCCUUGGCUGGUGGUCCGAUGCAGUAUUACUACAUGUUUGGAAGUGAAGGAAGUUGCAGCACCUCAUCGGAUGGAAGCUGCAGUCAAAUCAGCCAUGGCCGAGGGGACGCCAAACCGGAAGAAAUGGGUUUUCAAUUCCAUCACAAUUACAUGUCCAAUGGCUGUGGGUUUGAUCAGUUGAGCAGUAAGUUCAUGCCCGGAGGUGAAAGUAGUAUUAACCAGUGGACAGAGAAGCCAAGUGGGUACUUUGGGCAAACCCCAUUAAUGGAUUAUGGAAUUGAGGAGAUAAAGCAGAUGAUCAGUGGUAAUAACGGGAUAUAUAAUAACAUUGAGGAAAACAAGAGAGAGGAGAAGGGGAUGAUGUACUGCUACUACUGAUGAGUCUCUGAGCGCAACUGAUGAGUGACUGGAAGUAGUAAAAUCAGAAAGAUAUGAUGGGGUAAGGGAGGAGAGAUUUCAGAAAAGACUUUGAGUUUCUGGGGUUCUGUGUGAAAGUGUGUGUAUUGAUGAAAUCAAACAUAUCUUAUUAUUGUGACAGUACAUGGUAAUACCCUUCCCUUUUUUAUUGUUGUGUAUAUCCCUCUCGAAUCUGUGACCAUGACAAUGAUGUUAGAUUUUUGUAACUAUCCUCUUUUGCGCAAACCCCAAGCACAAAUUACGUUCUGAAAA